AUGCACCAGAUUACAUUCUCUUCGAGCGUAGAGGACACUGAUUGUGGUGACUAUGAUUCAUACUCUGACAACUCCAACAGAUCACAAGACUAUGAUUACUACGAAGAUUAUGAAAGUGAUUCAUGUGGAGAGAUCUACGAAACUAAUUUUAAAGAUAUUGAAGAAAUUACUGUCAGUUCCAUUUGUCCAAGAUGUAGAAAAUCUAUUGGUCUUGUUGCUUAUUUACAAGAUUAUUAUGAAGAAGGUGAAAGAGAAAUGGGUUAUGAUAUGGCCUUUGAAUAUGAUGUUGGGGGUGGUUGUUGUGAUAGUUGUAAUAGUGAGGUUGAGCCUGAGGAUUCAUCAUUAACAAUCUACUCUUAUGUGAGUGGUGGUACAUUGCUGGAGGAUUGUGAUUUUCCAGAAGUUUCUGUGAAAUUAAUAGAAUAUUACAUUAGUGAUGAAGAUGAUGAAGAUUAUGAUGAGGAUGAAGAAGAUGAAGAUGAUGACACUACAUUCGAUAUAGCUCCAGCCAUUUGUUUACCUUUUCAAGGAAAAGGAGAUUGUGUUGUUGUUAGAUACAAGAACUUAACUUUAGGAAUUGAUACUGGAUAUUCAAAAUACUUCACCAACAUUCCAAAACAAUUCAACUUCUCAAAGUCCAAUCAUUCUUAUUUAAUUGUUACACAUGCCGAUAGUGAUCAUUCUGCUGCAGUAGACAAGUUUAUAGAAAAAGCCAAACGAACUCCCCACUUGCUGUUCACAGAUGCUAGAAAACAAGAUUCUUUCAACAUAGCAACAGUUCAAGAUAUUUCAAAAACAAUUGCUUAUCAUUACAAUGACCUAACAGUUACAAGCUAUUUGCCACCUGGUAACAAUACAAACGAUCGCUCCAUAAUCAACAUCAUAAACUGGAGGGGAAAGAAAUUGGUUUUUGCUGGAGACCAACAAUAUUCAACAAUACUGAAAGUAUUGGCUGCGAAAGGGAUUGAAAGUGUAUAUUUAUUCCAUAUCCCUCAUCAUGGUUCUAAGCAUAAUUGGGACUGUGACGUCUUAAUACCAGCCAAAAAUUAUCUUGUAACUGGCUAUCCAACAACCAAAUACCCUGAGUUUAAUAGUGACUCUCAUUUCCAAGUUGUGAGAGGUGUUUGUGAGAUGUUGUUGCUACAUAAGAAUUUUGGAGAAGUUAUCAUUUAUUUUACUAACUGUCGUUUAACUGUUGAGGAUUGGUGUCGUAUUCAAAAUAACGAACGUUACGCUACGGUGAAAAGGUUUGUUCGUAUUGUUACAACCAACAACCAUCAACAAACUUUCAGUAUUUUGUAAUUUUAAUAAAUAUAUUAUUAGUCUAUCAAUAAAA